AUGGCUUUCAGGGAUGUGAAUGCAAGAAGACAUGUUGGACUUCAGCAGCUCUCAUCCUUAGCCUUAGCUGGAAGAACGUUAUUGGGGCCAAUGAAAUCAUGUAAAUUUGUUGUGGAUGAAAGCACCAACCAGAGCACAUUGAUUUGCUCUGCUUUUAGACUGUUGGAAAGUUUGGAUUUAACCAGUGCUGCCGGACAGCUUCUAAAUGAAACCAUUCAGGCACAAAACAAAGAGUUUAAGACUGGGAUGAGUACCCUGUUGUUUCUCACUGGUGCGUGGAGCAGUGCCGUGGUGGAGUGCCUCCAGCAGAAUGUUCCUAUUUCAGCAAUAGUAUCUGUGAUGUCUGAAGGGUUGAACUCUUGCUGUGAGAGGGUCCAGUGUCUUCAAAGGUCAAUACACGAUGUCAAUAAAGAGCUGUGUUCUAGCAGUGUUCAAAGCAAAGCUUGCCAAAUUGGAUGUGGCAGUCUCCUAAAUCCUCAGAUUUCUCAAUAUUUUAAAAAAGAGAUUUCUGCACUAGAGAAAGUAAUUCCAAUAAACUCUCGUUCCCAUCAAGAAAAUUGUAAUUUUAACAAGUGUCUGGUCUCACCUUUGGCUGGCUUUGGUUCAGUGGCAUCUCUUGUCAAACCAGCAGGUGACAAAAGUACAUUUUUGAUUUCUGGAGAUAGCGUUUUUGCCUCUGGCUGUAAUAAACAAAAGUUAACCCAUAGCAGAUACUUCAGCACUCUAGGAAAAAGUCAUUUUUCAAGUCAUCAGAGUACUUUUGAAAGACAUCAUUCAGGAUCAUCAGCAUGUCCAUGUCAAUGUUCUGGUUUAGGACACCUGGCAAUGGCCCUGAGCCAUGGAAAUCAGACUAGCAUGAAACUGCUCCAGAGCAUUGUUGCGUAUCAGCAAGAGCGAGCAGAAUGCAGUGGCUCUUCCCAGUUUAAUGUUGCAGAAAUUGUGACGUGCUGUUUACUGGGCCUGCCUGAAAGCUAUUCUUGUGUCUCUCUGGGCUUUGUCACAUUAGUAUCACCAGAACAAGCCACAGUUAUCAAACGCUUUGAAGACAAACCCCUUCAUAUUCUGCUAGUGGAUGGUGACCUCACUGAACAAUAUCGUCACUUAGGUUUUAAUAGACCAUGUAAUGUAAGGACCAUAUUGGAGAGUCCUAGCCUACAGGAAGACAGCUCAGGAGACUUGUGGCUGAGCACUAUGUUAGAUAUUCUGAUAAGCUUUGAAGUAAACUUGGUUUUGGUCAAAGGAAAUGUGUGUGAAAACUUAAUGGAAAGGUGUGUAGCAAACAGUAUCUUGGUAAUUGGUUCUGUGAGUCGGGACGUGUUACGUGCCUUUGAGGAGGUCACCAGCGCCCAUCCAGUGACAUACCUCACCCAGCUGAAUGCUGCUUCUGUGGGCAGUGGGGCCCAAGUGGAGCUGUGGAACGCCUGUGAUGGGCGUGCAGUGGAUCUGGGUGAGCUUGUGCCAGUCAGGGUAAAAGCACAAGGAAUUGCCCUGCUCACAGCUGUGCUCUCCACUACUGUAGCUUCAAAGGUGCAGCUCAUUGAAGACCAGUUCUGGACUUCAGUGUAUCGACUCCAUCAUGCCUUAAACGACAAGAAGGUUUUUCUUGGCGGUGGUGCAGUGGAGCUCUUGUGCCUUAGUCACAUUCAGAUGCUUGCAGAACAGCCGUCACAGCCAGCAAGCAGAGACUCUGUGAAAGAGUUUCACAGUCCUUGGCUGGCAGCAGCUGGGAUGGAGUACAGAUCAGUUGUGCUCCAAGCAUUAGCAAGUGGCUGGAAGCAGUAUCUUUCAGUGGUUAUGUGUAAUGCUGCGGAAGCUGCAUCCGAAUUGGAAGCCUGCGCUGCAGUUGAUCAUCACCUCAAAAAAGCAGCUGAUUGUGGCUCUCCCUCAGCUUAUAUACUCCAAGAGUUUAGAAGAGGUGCUUUUCUCAGAAGUGGUUCUGGUCCUUUUGCUGACCAUGGAGAGGCUUUAAAGGUUUAUGAUAAUGUUACAGCCAAGACAGAGGCAUGGCGGAGAGCUCUAGACUUGGUGCUACUGGUGCUUCAAACAGAUGCUGAAAUUAUCACAGGUCCCAAAAGGAAUCAGCUAUUGAACUCAUGCAUGUCAAGUGAAUUUAUGUUUCUAUAG